UUUUUUCCAUGAUAAUAUAUUUUACUAUUCCAACAUGUGUAACUAUCAUAGAGUAUGCCACGACAGAACCCUCAUUACCUCUAAGAAGAUUGAUCGAAGCCGACUACGUACUGUUCGAUUACACCUCUAACUUCUGGAUAUGGUUGCCAGUAACGCUCGUUAGCAAUGUAGUGCUUAUGCACCUAGUAACAGUGGCUUAUGUUACGGAUUGGUUUUACUGGUCUCUGCUGUAUCAAGUGUCCUGUUUGUUUAAAAUUAUUCGCGUGCAAUUCGCGCGAUUGGACGAGUUUCGUGAAGUUCAUCAAUUUCAAGAGAAGCUGGUCGAAAUCGUUCAUAUGCAAAGAGUUGCAUACAGAAGUGUAACAGGAGUAAAUUCAGCGAUCAGUGGACUGUUGUUGGUUAUCUACGGAGCAUGUGUUCUCAUACUCUGUAUGACGAUGAUGGUUCUGACAAUAGCUAGCGGAGAUACGGAUUUACUGAGCAGAAUGGGAAUCGUAUUAGUUUAUAUAUUUUUUGAAAUAUUCCCAUAUUCAAUGAUGGGCACGGAACUCAUGACCGCGAGUACGUCAAUCGCGGAUGAAGUCUAUGGCACGCGUUGGCACGUGCGUCCAGUUUCGGAACAGCGCAGCCUACUAUUCGUACUCAGCCGCUCUCAACGCAUGGCGAAACUCACGGCGGAAAAUUUUUUCGUUGUCAGUCGAGCAACUUUCGCUACGACUCUGCAAUCCGCAUUUUCUUACUUCACUGUCCUAAGACAGUUUUACGGUACAGAGCAACUUGUGUUAGAACCAGAGCUUUAAAGUUAGUCGAAUUUGUUAUCAGUGUGAAGUACUUAUUGAAAUUUAG